AUGAUAAUAGUAUGGAGCGUAACGCAAAAUGCACCUUUGGAUCUAAGCAGACAUGGGACUGCAUGGAAGACUAAUACUGUCAAUACUUUUAAAUUUCAACGGCGUCUUCCCUGUCAAGCUUGCGGUAAAAGUUUCGACAGACCAUCUCUUUUAAAAAGACAUCUGCGAACGCAUACAGGCGAAAAACCACACGGCUGCACAAUAUGCGGCAAAAUGUUUAGCACGAGCAGUUCAUUGAAUACUCAUAUUAGGAUUCAUACUGGUGAACGCCCUCAUGAAUGCCCAAUGUGUGGGAAACGCUUUACUGCUUCAUCAAAUUUGUAUUAUCAUCGCAUGACGCAUUAUAAGGAGAAGCCACAUAAAUGCGAUGAAUGCGGACGAUCUUUUCCAACUCCCGGUGAUUUGAGAGCUCACGGAUAUUCUCAUACUGGUAACUGGCCAUUGCGCUGUUCAGUGUGUAACAGAGGAUUUUGUAAACUUGGCGCUUUGCAUCAUCAUAUGAGAUCACACGGUGAUCGUUUUUAUCACUACAGUAUUUGUAACCAGAAGCCUUCGGUAAUCAGCAAUUUACGAAUUCGUGAACGUCUACACACAUCUCAUGUGUCUAAUAACAACACAACUGAUUUUACAAGCGUACACAGCGGUAUUUCGAGAGUAGAGAUUAUCAAGUUCGAAGGUAUUGGUAGUAAUUAUAUGCAAAUGCCUGCAAUGUAUCCAUGGUCUUCCUGGAUGCCAUUACAGUUUCAAAAUUAA